AUGCAUUUCACGAAGACCCUCGUCUCUAUCUUUGCCCUUGCCUCCUUCACCUCUGCCUUCUCCUACGAGGCGGAUGAGGAAGUUAGCGCCUUGGCCGCCCGAGAAGCCGAGUUCCUGCAAGCGCGCGACGAUUACAUCCAGGCUCGCGACAACUACCUGAUAGAGAAGCGUGGUGGUUUUAUUUCCAAGCCCAGUGGGGCGGCUCAAGGCGUCUGUGCGGGUAGUGCUCGGCCCUACACAUGCAUGGAGAAACUGAUUAAUGGCAAAUCACGAAAUUGCGGUCCAUGCAAAUCCUCGACUGGAUUUGGGAAGAAAUGCGAGUGCUCUAAGUAG